AUGCCUUCACUCCGUCGCAGUAAGCCCCCAAAGUGUCCCCUCCUCGCCCUACCUCGCGAAAUUCGGGACGAAAUUCAUCGAUAUGUUCAAAUGGGACAGCGAAUUGACAAGCCAAGAGUAACGAGCUCUGACUAUCUCAAACCAGACGACAAUACAAUUUGGCCUAAUGUUCAUCAACUCCUCAAGGAAUCCGAGUAUCAAGAACGAAAAGAUCUCAGGGAGGUUUUCCAGUCAGAUGCCGAAGACAUACUUAUAUUGGCUUGA